AUGGUAACAUUUGCCUUAGGGAAUGUGAUUCCCGUCGGAGAUGGAGACAGGGGGCUCGAUGAGGAGGAGCUGGAGGGGAAUGUUGAUGUGGAUUCCGUGGUUAAGGUGUCUGAGAAUGAAGUUGAUGUUGCCGAGGUGGGCACCCCUGAGAUGCUGGUAGAUGUAGUAGUCUCUUCUACAAUAGAGGAGCUGCCGCUGGAGGUAGUCGUCUCUUCGGCGCUCGAGGUGCUACUGAAAGUAGUUGUUUCGUCCAGAACCGAGGAGCUGCUACUAGACAACGUCAUAGUCGUCUCCUCCACGCUGAAGGGGUUACUCAUAGAUGUCGUCGUCUCCACCGUGCUUGAGGUGCUAAUAUUAGACGUCGUAUUCCCUUCUGUAGUCGAGGACAUGGCACUAGACGUGGUAGUGUCCCCGGCGCUCGUACUAGAUGUGGAUGCCUCCUCUGAAGUCGAGGACCUAGUUAGCGUAGUGGUCUCAUCUGCUGUUGAGGAGCUGAUGGACGUAGAUGUCUCGUCGAUAGUCGAGGAGGUGCUGGAGUGUCUCUGCGGUCUAAGUUCUGGUGUCGGAAGUUGUCUCUUCGACGGUCGACGUGCUACUAGAGGUGGUUGUCUCUUCCAUGGUAGAGAUGCUGGAGGUAUCGGAGGUACUGGACUCCUCUACUGUCGUGGUAGUAGACGGGUCGGAGAUACUGGUUUCCGCUGUCGAGGUACUAGGCUCCUCUCCCGUAGAGGCACUGGUUGUAGAGGUAGGAGGGAGGUUCCUCGCGGCCACUACGUUCGUGUGGAAUACGCCUUCGAUGCUAGUGGCGGCUUUGAAGUAGCAAGUCCUAGAAGCAUAUCAACAUAG